AUGUCUGAAGCGCCCAAGGCCAAUUGGUACGACGCCUUCCCGGCGCCAAAGACCACAGCACCCCUCCUUACACGCGAAGACGCCCUGCCGAACCUGUCCUCGUCCGACCUGCUCCUGGUGGACGUACGACGCAACGACUAUGAAGGCGGCACCGUCCGAGGUUGGUUUGCGGAUUACCUUGCCGAGAAGGGUGAGGCCGAGGUUCGGUCGCUGACCCUUGUUGGGGGCAUCAAAGGCUGGGUGAAAGCUGGUGAGCCCUUCACACAAGCGAUGGACGGAUACGACCCGGUCUAUUGGAAACAGUUUGAACAAAACAAAUAG